UGACGUGAGGGGUUCAGGGUUGACAGUCUGCCGUGGUAGUGUGGCGGCUAAGCUAACUGAAUCCUUCGCUACAUGUGGAGGGUAGAACAGGAGGCAUCCCUGACCCUUUCUCUGUUCAAUUUAUUAACUUGUACCCCUGACAACGCCUAAGUCAAGCCUAAUCUCAAACAGGGAUAAUAUCUGUGUAAAAUGAAAGGUAGCCGGAUCGAGCUGGGGGAUGUUACGCCUCACAACAUUAAGCAGCUGAAGCGCCUGAACCAAGUCAUCUUCCCUGUCAGCUACAACGACAAGUUUUAUAAAGAUGUGCUGGAAGUUGGAGAGCUCGCAAAGCUAGCAUACUUCAAUGACAUUGCAGUGGGGGCUGUGUGCUGCAGAGUGGAUCACUCUCAGAACCAGAAGAGGCUGUAUAUCAUGACCCUUGGGUGUUUAGCACCCUACCGUAGACUUGGAAUUGGUACAAAGAUGCUCAAUCAUGUGCUAAACAUCUGCGAGAAGGAUGGCACUUUUGACAACAUUUACCUUCAUGUGCAGAUCAGCAAUGAGUCAGCUAUCGACUUCUAUCAGAAAUUUGGCUUUGAGAUAAUCGAAACGAAAAAGAAUUACUACAAGAGGAUAGAACCUGCAGAUGCCCAUGUGUUGCAGAAGAGCCUGCGCAGUCCAUGUGCGCCACCCAGUGGGGAGCUUCAGAAAGUAGAGUAGCGGCGCACACAGCUUUUUUUGGGGGGACAAAGAAAAGCAUGUGUGCCCAUCGACGCAGAAACAGAACUGUGACAGAUGCCCCAAGGUCAACACAUUCAACAGUUUCUCCAAAAGGACGCUAGAAAGAGAAAGCAGUUGUCCAGUAUAAAAAUUGCUGCAUUUAUUUUGCAAUGGUGGUUUAUUUUAAUUUUUUUUUCAUAUUUUAUUGUUCCCAAUUAUUACAUGCGGUUAUUUGAAAAGUGACAGAAAACUCUGUUAUCCACAAAUUGGUUUCCAAUGAUGAAAUGCCAACACAGAACAUUAGCAGACACGGUGACGGGGAUGGUGUUCAGUUUGCAAAUCGUUCUGUUUGCAUUUGAGUUGUUUUUAUGCGGUUAUCAAACCUAAUGGGGACAUAUCUAUAUUUUUGGAAAAAAGGAAGCAGUGAAAAUGUUUGCAAGACCAUUACUUAGCUGGUCAAUUUGGAGUGUUAGCUCUGGAGCUGAUCAGUUGAACAGAAGAGACAAUUCUCUCGUUACCUGAACCCUGGGAUUCACGGGAAGUGAACAAGACCAGUUUGUUCAUGCAUCCAGAUGGGAGGAGCAGAAAUGUUUCCCCUCAGUACGGACACAGGGGAGGCUGAAUGGUUUGGUUGUGGUGGAAAGUUGUUGGCACCACUCUUGAUUUCCAGAGAACUUUAUUCUCUAGGUUUUUAAUUUAAUUCCCCUAAACUGUUUUUUAUUUUUCACACUUACACAGCAAACGGCUCAGAGGUUCCACUGGGUGUAAGACAAAAUUAGAAAUGUUUAGUUUGGGGGGAGCCAAACAAGAAGUCCCAGUAUUGGAGAGGUUCUGAUGGGUAUAUCCCCUCUCAUUGACUUGUAGGGGAUGUGUUAGUAAUUGACUAAAUGGAUUUGAUUUGGCGUUAGUAAAUUUAUUUGCUUAAGGUGGAUAAAUAUUGAUUUCUUAAACACCUUUGGCUCCCAGCGUACUGACCUUACAAAUAGCAGCAAUUUCUUUAAACUUAGGGAGUUUUUGUUAUUGCACCCUCAUGAGUUGGAGGUCUGGAGCUUUUGGUCGGAUAUAGAUUCUUAACCCAGAAGAAGCUCUGACCCUCUGCAUGCAAGGAGAGUUGUUCUCUCGACUGUAGUAUACGCAUGUUUUUGCUUUCUUUGAAGAAUUUUAUCUUUUCUGGAGCUCUAUAUUGUAAGACUUUUUAACGUCUAAAUAAAGGAAUUACUAUUUGCAGUAAA